GUCAUGAACCAUGAAUAACACCUGGGGUUAUGAUCCACUACUUCCUUUGAGCAAGGCGGCGUUGUAGGCUAUGUUUGUAUCCGUACGCUGGAGACACAUUGAUACUACCACGCCCACUGAUCCGUCAAUCAUGUUGUAACGCGCCGUACCACGGCUGUGACCUUUAUAGAAGCUUGUUAAGAUCAACAGAUGGCAUCUCUUGCAUAAGUGCCUACAGAAAGGGGUUCUUUAGCAUCACGCCGAGAUCGUCAUGCAGUACAUAGAUAACAUAUGUUCAACGUCACCCCACGCAUAAGGCGUAGGGCUCGCCACUAUCAUUUCAGCUGAUGUGAAAGCAGCCUAAGAUCUUAGUUUUCCCUUACGCGGCCAUCUCCUCCUUGGACGGCAUUCAGAUGGCCCUACCUCCCCCUCCGGAAGGCCUCGACCUUGGCGAGUCGCGGGUCCACGAGGUCACCAGUAUCCUCGUUGCUACAUGGACGUUAUCCUUCAUUGCAGUUUCGCUCCGUUUCUUCGCCCGUCGUCUCAGACAAACCCAAAUAUGGCCGGAGGAUUGGAUCAUCGUCGUUUCGCUAUUGGCCGCGGGCGUCCAUGUCUUCAUCACUAUUGGGUUGAUGAUACCUAAUGGUACCGGCAAGCAUGUCUGGGUCGGACCUCCCGUAGCAACCAAAGCAUGGGCUCUUGGUCUCUUCAUCUCGGAAAUAGCCUAUACGAUCACCUUGACGACCAUCAAAAGCUCAAUCCUCAUGUUCUACUGGCGCAUUUUCGGUGCGAGGCCGAGCAUUAGAAUCCUGAUCUGGAUCUUGUUCGGUGUGGUGAUGUCUUGGUGCAUUGCAGUUCUCCUCGUCUCCAUCUUUCAGUGUAUUCCCACGCAUGCGUUCUGGGAACGCUACGACCCUGUGAGCCCAAUGUCGCCCACAGAGUUCUAUUGUGGCGUCAAUGUCAACAUGUUCUUCAACGGAAAUUCAAUCCCCAACAUCAUCACGGACGCCUUUGUUGUGAUGCUGCCUAUCCCCUACGUACUGGCACUCCAGAUGUCCAGACCCCAGAAACUUGCACUGCUUGGUGUCUUCUUGCUGGGUACUUUCGUUACCAUAAUCUCGAUUGUACGGUUGCAGACGAUCCUCUCUGUCGACCUCAAGUCCCCGGAUAUCACGUGGAACUUCUGCAGCACAAUCAUUUGGACUAAUGUCGAAGCCAAUAUUGCAAUCGUUUGUGCUUGUCUACCAUCCUUGAAGCCCCUACUAUCCCUGAUGAUUGACGGCACGCUGAAGUCGUCCAAUACUAAGGAAGACGAGAGCUGUGGAUCUUACGCACUAAGCAAUGGGGCUAGAUUUGGCGCCCGCUCUGGCAGCAGCCACUUGGGCUCCAUUGGUGACAUCCACAUCACGGUCAAGGGUAAUUGUCCUAACCACGGAAACGCCUCUCUUAGCCCCGCUGUUUCCAGUCGUACAACGAAUUAUGGCAGCACUUCCUUGGGCUCCAAGGUUGUCAACCACCUCACAGUCAAGGGGAGCUGCCCUGGGAAUGGGCAGGACGACGAGCGUCCAUUCACCCGGCUAAGUGAGGGGAGGUCUAAUUCGAGUCUUGAGGAGACAGGAUAUAACCAUGGAGCUGAAGGGAAGCCGGCCAUUCUCGUCAGCCAGGACUUCGAAGUGAAAUCUAUCAUAACCCGCAAGUCUUAG